AUCCAAUGUGUCUGUUUAAUAUAUCUGACACUCAAACACAACAAAUACCCCUGAUGGGACUAUGGAUCAAAGCAAGAUUUGAUUAUUAAUAAUAAACAGCAUACCACCACUUUUUAAAUUAGGCUACACUGUUCCAUAUAUAAAGAUUAUUCCCUUUGGAGACCUGUGGCUUAUAUUUGACUGGCUGAGAAUUUAGAAUAAUUUUGUGUUUUCAAUCUGAAAGACCCUGCUACUUAAACAAUAACCUGCAGGUGACCCAGGUCAUUUCACACACAUUAGUGCCAAUGUUCUUUCACUCCAACAGAGGGAGACAGAGGCUGUAUCCAAUACACAAGGUCAUGCUACACAAUAUCUGUCUCCUAAACACACCAGCUGGAUGGAUACUGCUUGGCGGUUCAUAAUAUUAAUAUAAGACCUGGCCAAAAUUAAAUGUUUUCAGAUACUACUUCCUGCAUUUGCCUCAUUGUUUUGUACAUUUUUACAACUAUGAGUUGCUCCUCAAUGACUUUGUACAAUUCAAGAUUUGUUUUUCUAUGAGCACAAUGAAAUCUUUACUUAUAACGACAUAAUCUCCUUUUAUAAGACCACUGCGCCACUUAAAACAUAAGAACAUUUAAUUGGUAAAAACAGAUAAACAGCCUAUAUAGCUGACACUCUUAGUGUCUGACUGUUUCUACCUUUAUUCUGACUUUCAUUUUUAUUCAGUGUACUAAUUCAUUAAACCACCAUUUUCUUAUACAACGCACAGCAUAGUGUGCUAAACCUACGCUGGUUUGAUCGUUUUGAGUAGACUAUAGUGUGCUUCUCAACACAAUUGAGCAAAUAUGUCUAAAGUUUAAAAGAGAAGAUAAAGUCUGUCGUGCUCAGAGUGAAUACUCACCCGGUUGGAGCUGGAAACUACCGAGGAAAAGUAGAAAGUGAAAGCACAAUGUUGGGUGCGGACCUUAACAAACACCUCCCCGGGACACUAAGCCAAGUUUGGCACAAAUUCGAGCGGACCUUUCUUUCAUAUGAUCCCUAAAUAUAAGUCCUGCCUUCAGUUCCAGUACAUUUUGCGUCAACGCUUCGUGAGUAAACUCGACAACGUCGGAAAUCAACUCCCUUUGCAUUUCCUAAGAAACAAAAGUGAAAGUAACGCGGGGCAGACGCUGCUGGGUUAGCAGAGAUGGCUGGCGAGUAUUCGUAUCCUCUGUUGGUCGAACUGGAAAAGACGAAUAUAACAAAAAUAAAAAUUAAGUUGGUGAAGUACUUUCAGAGUAAGAAGUCUAACGGUGGAGACUGUGAGGUUGACUAUGAAAAUGGCAGCGGGACAGCGGUGCUGCGCUUCCGCACAGAGGAAGACCAGCAAAAUGUUUUGAAGAAAGAGGCGCAUCAGAUCAUUGUGGAUAAAGAGGGUCUGCACAUGACGGUUCGCCUUCUUCCAGAUACAGCUCAGGAGGCUCCGCCUGAUACACUCGACCAGACGUCAGAUGUUGCUGUGAACAACAAGCAGUCCAGUGCUGAACAAUGCCCACCUGCAGCCAAAGUUCAGACAGAAGCAAAAGGCAGAGAUGAUGAUACAGAAGAUGAAGAGCUGUGCUCCGCCUCAGCUGUUUUAGGAAAUAUUGAGUCAGUAAGCCAGGAGUUUUUGGAGAUGCUGGUGGAGAACAUUGUAAGGGACUCCGACCCUCCAGACUGUGAAAGCUUCACUUUGGAACUCAUUCCUGGCAUCUCCUCUGCUGUGAUUACGUUCAAGAACAGGAAAGGAAGCACCAACUUCAUGACAAGAUGCCCCCAGAACAGGACUUUCACGAAUAAGGGAUUUUCAGUCCGGCCUCUUGAAGUCACAGAACAAGUUCUAGUUGAAGACAUACAAGAUCUGAGCAAAGAUGUCCUCUGUCUGUAUUUUGAGAAGGAAGGCGGGGAUGUAGAGAGUGUUGAGCUUAAUGAAACGGAGCAGUCUGCCAUCGUCACAUUUAAAAACCCUCAAGUGGUUCAAAAAAUUGUGAAGAUGAAGAAUCAUCACAUCAUCCAGAAGGAGAUCAGAGCUUAUCCUUUUUACAAAUCUCUGGGAUCAGCCCUUUAUGGCAAAGAUAAGCCUGUGCUAAAACUCCCUGCUGCUGUCUCUGAACCCAUUGAUGACACCGUCUGGAGAUACCUAAAUGCCAGUCCGUCAGCAGCGGAGUCCGUUCACAGUGACAUGGCUAAACACUUCUGUAAAGUAAACCUCAACCAGCCUGCUGUAUGCUUGAGCCCCUUGCCCUCACUACUACAGCAAACAAAUGCCAAAGCCAUGAUCAAAGAGUGGAGUGAUACUGUGAAGGUGGCCUUUGCACAAGCUUUGUCAAAAUUCAAACCCCUGAAAUUCAAGCUGGAGUCAGUGGCAUGGGAAGAGUCUGAGGAGAAGAUCCGACAGAUGCUGCAGAAUGAGGAUGUGGUUUUAGUGCCUGAUAAAUCCACUGGUGAUUUAUCAGUGGUUGGCUGUGUGGAAGAUGUCAACAAGCUUGAGCAAACACUUUCUGAUGUCCUAAACCUGACUUUUAAAAAGGUGCACAGGGAGAAAUUGAGCAAAACACAAGAGAUCAAAGUGUCAGAGCUGAUCUUCCACAUCCUGUGUCAAGAUGGUCUUCGGGACAGGCUGCUGAGUGUGUACCCAGAAAUCAAAAUGUCAGUCAAGAAAGGAAGUUUGACAGUAACUGGAUUAAAUGAUGAGCUUUUCCAAGUAAACAAAGUUAUAUAUGAUGCAAUGUUCGCAUUAAAACGACAGAAUUUAGAAAUGGAUACAUUUGUGCUAGACUUCUUGAAGGCUGGAGCACUAGAGGAGCUCACAGAUGCUCUCCUAAUAUCUAAUGGAAUAAAUGCAGCAUUUGAGAUGAAUGCAGACAAAUUGCAGCUCCUCGCUGUUUCUGACAGAGAUCUGAAAGAUGCUGAAGACCAUCUGAAAAGGCUGCUAAUAUCUCACUACAUUGAUGUUGAAGAUAGUAAUGUCCUAAAGAAGCCAGAGUGGCAGCACCUGGUCAGUCAGUCAGAGGAUGCAAACAAUGAGCCAUGCAGAAAAAUUCGAAUUCACACCACUGGUCAACAAGUCGUGGUGUCUGGCCACAAGGACAAUGUGCUAACAGUUAGCAGUGAGCUUGCUGACUUUUUAACACAGAAUGCUCAAGUUGAAGAAACCAUUGUGGUUAAGCCCAACGCCAAAGUUGAAUACAUUAAACGUGACAAGUCCUGUUUGGAGGAAGUGGAAGACAAAGUGGAAGUGUUUUACAGAAAUGAAGCCAUCUGCCUCAGUGGUUCUAGAAUUGAUGUCACACACUGCAAGGCCUUGGUUGAGGACUUGGUCUCUUCUCUAUACUUUGACAGCUUAAAAGUAGCAAAGCCUGGAGCAAAGACUGUCUUCCAGGAUAAAGAAAGUAUGUGUGUUCAGUCACUCUGGAAAGAAACCGGUUGCCUGGUCCAGCUGAUUGAUGAGAAAAGUGGCGGACGGGAUGACUUGGCCUUUAGUCAAGUACCAAAACCUGCGUACCAGCUUCAGACACCUGAUGGAGUGGAAAUAGCUGUUUGCAAGGCUGAUCUGUGCAGUUACCCAGUGUGUGCCAUCAUCAGUUCUUCUACUGAGGACUUGAAACAUAGCGGAGGCCUUGCACAGGCACUUUUAAAUGCUGCUGGCCCUCAGUUGCAGGAUGAAUGUAACAAAAUAAUUAAUGUGAGGGGACAGCUCAAGCCUGGUGACUGUGUCAUAACUGAUGCAGGGGGGCGGCUUUGUUGCAAAAAAGUUAUUCAUGCAGUGGGACCCAAGUUUAAUCCCAUUAAAGGCCAGAAGGUUCAGGCACAGUUAAAAAAAGUUGUUAAAGAAAGUUUAGAACUUGCUGAAAAGCACGGCUGCACCUCUGUGGCUAUGCCCAUCAUCAGCAGAAACAAAGGCUUCUCUCUCAAUUCGUGUGCGGCCGCUAUCACCAAAGCAGUGAAGGAGCACUGUGAUGAGAGAGAUGAUGGCAUCCUGAAGAAAAUCCAUUUGGUGAACAAUGACGACGGUGCUGUUCAAGCUAUGGAGGCAGCAGUCAGACAGGAGUUUGGAAACAGUGGCGUUUCUCAGCCAGCUCUUCAAAGCAGUGCCGUCAAGUCUUCACUCGGAAAACACGCUACAUCUUCUAGCUCUGACCAAAACUGCUUGGGUCAAGUGCAGACCAAAGAGGGCCUGAAUAUCACUCUUAUGAAAGGAAAUAUUGAGGAUGCCACGACGGAGGUGACCGUGAAUACUGUGUUUGAAGAUCUUAACCUGACCAAAGGAGCGGUUUCCUGUGCCAUCUUUAAAGCCGCUGGACCCAAACUUCAGCAGUUGGUAAAUGCAAAGCAACCCGGGGGAACUGUCGGUGAGAUCAUUGCCACUGACGGCUGCAAGCUGAAGAGCAAACAAGUCUUUCAUGCAGUUGCGCCUCAUUGGGACAAGGGACAAGGCAUCGCUGAAAAGGAGUUGAGUGGUAUUUUCAAGGAUUGCUUGGACAAGGCAGAGGAUAUGGGUCUGACUUCCAUAUCCUUCCCUGCUAUCGGCACUGGAAACCUGAGUUUCCCAAGAGCCCUUGUAGCCUCUUUGAUGUUUGAUGAAAUGUUGGCAUUUAGCAGUAAGAAACUGCCUAAGCACCUGAAGAAGGCUGUGAUCAUCCUCUACUCAGGAGAUUUACAGACUAUCCAGGUUUUUAGUGAUGAAUUUAAGAAGAGGUUCCCCCAUGCUACAGGUGGUCUGGUGUCCACAGCUUCCUCACAAAGUUCAGGUCCAUUCGCUAAAGUAGUUUCGACUUCAGGGAUGCAUGAGACCAAAAUGGGAAGUGCAACUAUACAGGUUGUCACAGGAGACAUAACCAAGGAGACCAGUGAUGUCAUCGUCAACUCCUCCAAUGAAGACUUCUCUCUUAAGUCAGGAGUGUCCAAGGCUAUUCUGGAUGCAGCUGGUCAGGCUGUUGAAUCAGAAUGCCAAACCCUUACUGCAUGUUAUGGCAAUGGCACAUACUUUGCUGUCAAUGCUAGUUACUCUGCCAGUGACACCUACUCCAAGCCAAAUCCAACAAAUGGGGAAAAGUGUAUGUACCUCUGCCAAGUGCUGACGGGGGAUUACACUGUUGGACAACAAAACAUGAUUGUACCACCAGCCAGGAGCAGCACCUCCGUACAGAAGUACGACAGUGUUGUGGACAACGCGGCCAGGCCCAAGAUGUUCAUUAUCUUCCAUGACACCCAGGCUUAUCCUGAAUACUUGAUUACAUUCACUUGA